ACCUCUGAGACGGGCCGUUUGCGAUCAUUUCCGGCGAGACGUACCUGCAACCGAUCCCAGUUUAGACCGCUCUUAGGUGUUUGGUGAGCAAGACAAGGAAAGGAAAUGAAGGAUGAGGAGGCGCCCACAACCACAACCACAACAGCAACAACCACAGCCAAGAAAGAGAGUAGUGACACCAGCGUCUUUGGGAAAGGAAGAUACAAAUUCUGGGCCCUGGCUGCCAUUCUACUCCUUGCUUUCUGGUCAAUGUUUACUGGUACUGUUACCCUCAAGUGGUCUGCUGGUAACUUAAAUCGCAUCUCCAGUGACCUGGACUCUCCAAUCCAUGAUGAUCUUGAUGUCUUGGAAAUCGAAGAGAGGGAGAAGGUAGUAAAGCAUAUGUGGGAUGUUUAUACUCACAGUCGUCGAAUUCGACUGCCUCACUUCUGGCAGGAGGCUUUUGAAGCUGCUUAUGAGGACUUAGCCAGUGACCUCCCUGGUGUCAGAGAGGCUGCUAUAUCCGAGAUUGCUAAGAUGUCCAUGCGUACCAUUGAUCUCGAUUCCCCUCCUGUUCAAUCAACGGGUGCCAGAGCAAUGAGUAGAAGUUCCAAGCAGACAGAAGGCAAGAAGAUGGGGUAAUAGGCUGGAAUUUGUCAAUGGCAUUAAGGGUGUCGAAGACCCAUGUUUAUCUUUUAUACAGUGGUUGCUCUGGCAAGUUGCCUAACAUGUAAACUAAAGUUUGGAGUAGGUGGUGAUGAGCAAAGGAGCAGAGACAUGCUAAUGAGAUUUAGUCUGUUUCCAUUCUCAUACCUCUUUUUGAUAUUUGUAAUCUUAUCCUAUCCAUAUCUUUUGAUUUAGUUUGGAUUGUUGAACUUAUAACUACAUUUUGGCGGAUGGAUUUCGAGUAGAAAUAUGCUCUGAGAUGAGGGUCUGCUUAAGCAUAUCCCAUCCUUGUUUAUAAUUCUCCCAUAUAAUUUCCGCUGUUCAAAUGAACAUCAAGGUAUUGUAGUGUUCACUCUGUUGUCAUAUGUAUGCGUACUUCAAAUGGAUAUGAAAGCAAGAGCAAAUGUUAUCUUACAUUAGCACAUGAUCAUGUCCUAUGAUAUAUAAUUUGUGGUGUGUAUGCUA